AUGGAUUCACUAGAGCAGUGUCGCGUUUUUCUGGACUGCUUCAAAGCCAACGUCAACCCAUCUGAUCCGCUGCCCGUCCGAGUCCCCGUAUACAAUCUAAAGUACGAUGAAAUCAAGCCCGCAAUUGUUGAUUGGACCAGAACGUACUUGGAUCAGUUUGGAUGUCCGCAAUGUAUCAUGACGCCGAUAAUACGCAAGGCAUGCGAAGAAGUGCUGAUCCAAUGUAAUGAAAAUCCGACGUCCUGCGGGUUUAACUUGCGUGAUUAUAAAACUCUGCAGCUGAACUAUACAGUAAUCUCACAUGUGAACCAAAUCUGCUCCAACCUGCUGGACAAUGAAAAUCUGAACAAGCUGCUCGCUGAGCAGUAUGCUGAACGGAGCGAGACCGAUCAUCCUGGCCCUGGCGCGUUGGUUGCCAUGAGGAAAAAGAUGCACUUUUCUAGAGGAGUGAAACACCGACGUCGCACGAUGGAGGAUCGCCACGUGUGCCUGCCGGACUUUAGCGUCCUGUUUGACACGAAGGACGUCGAGCCUACGGCUUUCUACGGCGUGUACGAUGGUCACGGCGGCCAGGAAGCAGCCAGUUUUGCUACCUCCCAUUUGCAUUACUAUAUCGCGCAAAGUGAACACUAUCCUCACGACAUGGAGGCAGCUAUUCGUGAAGGAUUUUUAAAGACAGAUAAACUAUUUUUGCAAAAGUGUGCCGACCAUCACCUACGCAGUGGAUGUACAGCAGUAGUAUGUUUUUAUCGCCUACACUCUGGGGAUCUACAUUUGGCCUGGGUUGGCGAUUCGCUGGCCUACGCGAUCGGUGUGUCGAAGGUCGGUGCUCGAGCUUUUAAUAUUGUGCACCAUCCGCACGUGGCUUCCGAUUGGGUAGAAGCUAACCGCGUUCGUAAUCAAGGAGGAUCCGUCAUUCUCUGGCAAGGCCAACACCGCGUUGAAGGGCAACUAGCUAUCACCAGGGCUAUCGGUAAUCCCUGUUUCAAAUCCGUCGUGCCAGCAUUACCAGAAUAUGCUUUUCGACGCACAGUUGGGCAGCACUGUGAGGAUGUUGUGUUGGUGCUGGCUAGCGAUGGCUUGUGGGAAAGUCUCGAUCCAUUUUAUGUGUCAAUGAUUAUCCUGUACGGAAUCCGCAAGUUUCCAGAUAACCUACAAAAAAUCACAGAUUUAUUAAUAGACUACGCCAAACCAAAAACCCAGGACAAUAUCUCAGUGAUUAUUUUGUUCCUGAAGGACCCGCAGACUAUUAUAAAGCAGACGCCUUGGAUAGAGGAGUUAGAGGCUAAGGCAGGAAUCCUAGAAAAGCGAAAAAUGGAUAUUAACGGGGCUGAAAAUAACGGCUUUUUGGCAGAGAAAGAUCCUAUUUACCUGGAAGAUCAGAAAGCGUUUGCCGACAUACAGAACUUCAUGUCCAUGGACAGCGCACUGUUGCAAUCAAAAAAUGACUGUGACUCGCCUUGUGACGAACCGGUGCCGGAAAGGUUCCUUCCGGAAGGUGAAUUUGGGCCAGAGACAGAUGUUGAUGGAAUUCCCGUAGCUUUCGAAUUACCUUCCAAAGAUAUAAUUGCAGAAGUAGUGAAUCCCGAAAAAAUGAGGUUGGAUUUGGAUUUUUUAAAUGGACUGAAGAAUGCCAACAAUGAGGUCGAGGAGGAGGCAUCGAGUGUCAGUGCCGACCCUGUCGACUUGUCCGAAGAGCAGGCUGAACCCGAAUCACCAAACGUCAAUGGUACCGCGGGCGAGCAACUCCAUUUCGAUGCCCCCACCGAAACCGGUGAUUUAAUCGGCUCGGUUGAGCAGGAAGAUGAGGUUCCGACCCUGAAGGCUGAACUUAAUGAAAAUGAGCUGGCCCCGUUGAAAUCGAUUGACGAACCGAUCGUGAGCGAUUUGCUGGAUGCCGACUCGAUAGUGGACAACAAACUGAUCGAUCAGCUCGACUCGUUCGGCAUUUCGGAUGCAAUCCGGCGACAGCUGAUCGAACAGACGGUUCCCGGCAGUGCGCUGAAUCACGAACAAGACGAAGAUGACGACGAUGGUCAGCUGAUGGAGGAGAAGCAUUCGGAGUUCGAAGGUGAUGGCGACGGCGUGGAGAAGGAAGACCUGCAUCAUGAAAAAGCCUUUGAUAGUGAUAUCGCCAAUGAUCAGCACGUCAAACAGGAUGAUGAUGCCGGUUGCUGCGAAGAAUCCGAAGAAGACGAAUGGGACUACGUGAAGGUGAAUAAGCAGCAGCAGCAGCAGCAGCAACAGGAACAGCAUCAACUAGAGCAGCCACAAUCUGAAGAAAAGCCGCAGGAGAGCACAUCGCGUGAAGAAACAGUAGAACACGGUAAUAGCAACGCCUUCAUCGCGGAAGAAGAUCUACCGGUGGAAAGGCAAAUCGAGCAAGACGAAACGCACGAAAUAGAACAACACCACUACGGUGAUCCGGCGGACGAGCAAGAAGAGCAGGAGCAACAGGAAGAGAAGCCUGUGGUGGAGGAGCUGUAUCAAGAACAAGAACGCGAGGGCGAACAAUUCGACGCAACAGCAGUAGAGCCGAAUACCAGUGAAACGCCCGUGGAUAUUCUUGGCGACAACACGGAAUCGACCGUGUCGGACAGCACGAAAGAAGUUGAUGAUGUCAUCAUCGAUGGUGGUGAAGCUAAGGAAGUUGUCAAUUUGCUAAACGACGAUUUGAACGAGGACGUUCCCCAGCCAACUGCGAUCGAACCGCUGUGUGAUACAAGCGUAAUAACUGAAGAAGAUUCUAGUGCCGCUCCUCCCGUUCCAAGCGAUAGUGUGAAUAUGGAAGCUAGCAUGUACGGUGGAUCGGUUGCUGAGCAACCAGUGUCUCCCGACACACCGGUGUCUCCUGUCGAAGCGUUCCAGGCGCAACAGCAGCAGGAUUUCAGUGCAGACAAGGAUAUGUUUGGCUCCCGCCUGGACGACACCCUUAGCCCGACCGGUACCGAGGAACUGCGCGAAAAGCAUCUCUACGAAGCAGAAGAGAAAACGAUGUUCCAAGCCGAUGCGGCAGGCGGCGACUUGAUGCAACAGGGUGCGGCGGGCGACUUGGGCUGGCAGUUGAACCCGGAGGCGAAGGAAUUUGUGCCAGUCGUUUCGCCCACCAGCGAAGAACCGCCCAACGUGUUUGCACCGACGCGUAUGCUGGAGCACGAAAGCUUCAAACUGCGUGAAGAUGCAAUCGUAGCACAAAGCCCACGCAAGGGGACCGCGCCCUCGAUGGAGGAUCUUGAUUUGCCAGCGGAGCGCGAAUUCCAGACGGAAAUGGAUAAAAGACCACACGAAUUCGAGACAACCGUGGGUGGUGGUGGUGGUGAUCAGCCGUCCCCGUUGUCACCAAAUCCCUUCAACCAGCUGGACGAUCAAACAAUGCUGCCUGGAAAUGGGUUCGAUUUGAUCAAUGGUGGAGAAGUGCUACAACCGGAAGAAGUUGAUUUGCUUUCGACUGUAAAGUCUGAUCCAGACCCAUUUGGCGUAUCGGAUAACGCUCCGUCAGAGGAGCUCGAACUUUUGAACAAGGUGCAGGAUCUACCGCUCGGCGAUGAUGAGGAACAACAGGAGGCACUGAUCACUCCGCAACAAGCUGAGCCGGUUCAGGCAGCGUUGUUUGGACAGGAAGAGCAGAGCCCCGAUCUAAUGGAACCGGAAGCCUACAGCGCUAAGGAGGAACAGUAUGUCGAGCAGAAAGAAACGGUGGACGAAUAUGAGUUCCUUGAAAAACCGUCAGAUUUGGCUGAUCCUUACAACGGAGAGUUGGAAAAUAUGGACAAAGCCGCUGGCGAUUCGGUGGCGGCCCAUGCGUAUCCUGCACAGACGGCUGCCUUCGAUAUGUUCGGUUUGAGCCAACCGACACCAACCACAGAAGAAACGGUACCGAUGGAAACUGAUGAGGAACCGAAGCAAGUUCAGCAGGAAACUCUCCUGGAAGCGUCAGUUUACGAUCCGGAACCGUUAGUUCUUACCACUCAGGAAGCCUCCCAGGUGCCUUCUGAUCCGGAACCAUCUCCCGAGGUUGUUUCAGAGACCGUACCGGCCAGUGUCGCAAGCGAACUGGUUGCUGAACCACACAAGGAGCAGCAAACGAUCGAACCAGAACAGCCAGUCCCCGAGGAACAGCCCAAGGAAAGUGAGAAAUUAACCGAAGAUAACAAAGCAGUCGUCGAAUCGGCUGCUGCCGGAGUUGCCGUAGCAACUGCUGCGGUUGCCGCGGCUGCAGUCGCUGCUACUGCGACCGCAGUCAGCAAGACCGCUGCCAAACCAAAGGCAUCAUCGGCGGCGGUAACCGCCAAGAAAGCGGGACCAACUACGGCCACCGCCACUAAAUCGUCCAAGGACGUUGCUGCUAAGAGUGCUCCGGCAGCAUCUCGUGUCGGAGGCGGUGCAGCGGCCCCGGCCGCUAGUCGAAAACCAACUGUACCUGCCGCUAAGAAGGUUCCCAGCACCACUACCACCACAGCGAAACCUCCCACAGGCGCAACGACCAACGGAGUGAAGGAAGCACGUCCAGCGAGCACCACUACCAAGGCACCGCUGGCUGCAAAGAAACCGGCCACAGAAGCCGCAAAGACUGCAACCACCAAGACUACGACUGCCGCCUCAUCCGUGGCGGCUGCCAGAACGAAGGCCGCUGCUACUGGACCGUCGAGCACAACGAAGCCGGCCAGUGCAAGUUCAACUACCAGAACUGCCGCUCCCAAACCGGCUGCUACUGGCACAACCACCGCUGCUAAACCGAGCUCCCGUGCAUCGACCACCGGGACAACGACGCGUACCGUCACCUCGCGGCCCUCGAGCGCCAUCUCGACCUCAUCAGUUCCUUCAAAGCCGGCCAGCGCCACCACUACCACUGCAGCCAAGCGAACCGUUGCAACAAAGAUUACCAACGGUACCACAACGACGGAUGGGGUGACGAAAACAACGAAAAUGAGUUCCACCACCACUAGCAGCACCGCGUCACGAACUGGAGUUACCAGAACCACCGGAACCGGCACGGCGGCAUCAAAGCCUGCGAGCACACUCGCCGCUAAGAAACCGCUGGACACCAAACCGGCUGCCGCAACCAAGACGGCUACCAGUGGCAACAAACCGUCGACCACGACGCGCACCUCGCUAGCGCCGAAAACGACGGCCACCUCGCCGGCUGUCCGGAAGGUGCAGCAGAACGGUGUCGCCAAGAAGCCGACCGCUACCUCGCCAAACCCUGGUGCGAAGAAGGUUGCUGUAUCUGCGAAGAAACCGGAGGAAGAACUGGCUAAAACAAACACGAGCACGACACCGACCCCGACCACGACCAUCGAAACCAACGGUAGCGCCCAUGAAAACGAACAGGCGAUGGUGGAACCACCAUCGCCCCAACCUGCUGCUGACCAAUUGCUCGUGCCUAUUCCGCAAGCAAUGUGAUGUCACUAAAAGCCUACCGGUCUCAUUUAUUUUUUUGUUGUUGAACGAAAAACACAGCAUAUUCCUACUGUUUGCAAACCGUUUCGCGUGUGGCAGAUCGAGGCAACAAUGGCAACACCUCCACCACCUCUGGCCAAGCACAUAACGGAAUCGCCAACCGAAACAAAACAUUGACUACUCGAACUCUCAUCUAAAACAAGGGCAUACACAUAUUCGUCUAAGUCUAGGUCACAAGCAUAUAUCAUAGCAUUGAAAAGGAAAAACUACAUACAUUCAACGGCACAGGGAUGGAAGAAAACAUUAAUUAUAUUAAAUAAUCUUUUCAUAGUAGCACACCACCAGUUUUCCGGUGAAAGCAAAACAAAAGAACAAGUCAUUCAUAUUUCGGGCACAUACACAUUUUUAAGUGAUCAUAUACCUUGAUUAUGGCAGAGGGGAUGAUCAACAGGCGAAAGGCACAACAGAGAACUGGCAAAGGAAGAAGAAAUGAAGAUUGUCUACGAACAAAGUCGAACGACGAAGGAGCGGGCAGGGGCUACGCGCGGGAAGAAAGUCCAUUAGAAACGCCUUCGUUAAUAUUUAGCCUAUACUUAUAGCGAUAGAAAUGUAUCUUUUUUAUGCCAAGCAUGAUUAUUAGUAAUUAUUAUUAUUUUUCGGAUAUGUAAUGCGAUUUGAAUCUGAAUCGUUUCCGCCACGUUUGCGUUUUUGGAAAAAAAAUAGGAAAACACAACGGAACAGGACAACUCAGCUCGGCGCAAACACAGGAGGACGCGUCCGAAGGCUUUUUGAAUGAUUUUGCUGAUUUAGUUUGGCUAUGUUGUUGGUCGGGCGAACACGAAGGAAUGUGGUUGGAGCGAAAAUAUUGGAGCGUUCGGUUGGUGUGGCGUGAUACCAAAAAGAAAUCAAAGUAAAAAGUUGGCAAGGAAGCAAACGCCUAAACAAUAGCAAACAAAUGGGAAGACUGUUAGCAAGAAUCCGCGACGUCGAGGGACAAACAUAAAUUAUGGUUGGCAAAGUAGAAUCGAAGCAAGCUAAAGUGGGCUUUUAAACCCUCCUCCCAUCUAGACAACGAAAACAGACCAUUUUCUUCCUCGUAGGGGCGGCAACCGUGUUUCUUCCGCUCUCGCAAUCCUGUAUGGCCUUGUGUAUUGGUUAAUGUAUUUUUGAGUUUCUUUUUGUAUCCCUGUUUUCCGUUUGUUUCCUCAUACAGUUUAGUUGGUUCCGAUUGCGUCUUACACGCUAUGUUCGGCGUUUGUCGACUGCAAACUCUCAGAGUUGUCUUUCUCCUUCCAUAUCUCUCACCCUCUCUCUCUCUUUCUCUCUCUAUGAGCUUAGCCAAUGAUUGGUUAGCAUAAUUGAUAUGGCAAGAUAAAAACGACAAGAAAAUAGGUAAAAAAAAAAGAAAAUAACCCAACCCUAGCCGCGCUACCAUUCGAAAUAACCGAAUAUUUUAACCCCGCAAAAUCCCAUAGUAGUA